UCUGACAGGGAGCCAGGCUGAAUGACGUCAGCAGUGGGUCCAGUCAGUAGAAACACACAGCAUCUCCUCCUCCCAUCUCUGCUGCUGCUGUUGAACCCUGUGCGUCCAAGGAGCACAUCCGCCCGCUGUCGCCCCUGUUGCUGUGAUCGGGACUAACAUCAUGGGAAGGUUAGACGAGCUUCGGCAGUUUAAUUUGAUCAAAUGGCUCAGAGAGGAGCGACAGUCGAGGAAACUGAUUCUCUUCAUCGUUUUCGUCGCUCUGCUGCUGGACAACAUGUUGCUGACUGUAGUCGUUCCCAUCAUCCCCAGCUACCUGUACAAUCUGGAUGAGACGGCAGAUGUGGUGUUGAAGAACAACAGCCUGAUGCAGCAGGAUUCUCCACGAGCCUUCCACAGCAUUGUGUCCCUAUAUGACAACACUGUGAGGUUGUCAGGCUCCAACGCCACAGCCAGAUCUGCUGAUCUGGUCCCUACCACCCCUGCUGCUGCGGAACUGCCACAGAACUCCUCUGACUGCCCCCAGUCCACAAGCAAACUGCUCAACGAGAACGUCAAAGUGGGAAUGCUGUUUGCAUCCAAGGCCACUGUACAGCUCCUCACCAACCCCUUUAUAGGCCCACUGACAAAUAGAAUUGGAUACCAACUUCCCAUAUUUGCCGGCUUCUGUAUCAUGUUCCUCUCCACCAUCAUGUUCGCCUUUUCAUCGAGCUACGCUCUGCUGUUUCUGGCCAGAUCGCUUCAAGGUGUGGGCUCCUCCUGCUCCUCUGUGGCAGGGAUGGGAAUGCUUGCUAGUGUGUACACGAAUGACGAGGAGAGAGGUCACGCCAUCGGCAUUGCCCUGGGAGGUCUAGCACUGGGAGUGUUGGUUGGACCCCCGUUCGGCAGUGUGAUGUACGAGUUUGUGGGGAAGACUGCUCCUUUCCUUAUCCUGGCAUUCCUGGCUGUGUUUGAUGGAGCUCUGCAGCUGUUUGUUCUUCAGCCGACCAAGGUUGAACCAGAGAGUCAGAAGGGGACACCACUGCUGACCCUGAUGAAGGAUCCAUACAUUCUGAUCGCAGCAGGUGCCAUUUGUUUCGGAAAUAUGGCCAUAGCCAUGAUGGAGCCAACACUGCCGAUCUGGAUGAUGGAGACCAUGUGUGCCAGGAAAUGGCAGCUAGGCGUCGCUUUCUUACCAGCGUCCAUCUCCUAUCUUAUUGGAACCAACAUCUUCGGCACAUUGGCACACAAGAUGGGGAGAUGGCUUUGUGCUCUGAUUGGAAUGGUGGUGGUUGGGAUCAGUGUAAUAUGUGUUCCAUUUGCUGGAGACAUCUAUGGUCUGAUUCUUCCAAACUUUGGUGUCGGCUUCGCCAUCGGCAUGGUGGACUCCUCCAUGAUGCCUAUAAUGGGUUACCUGGUGGACCUGCGGCAUGUGUCUGUGUAUGGAAGUGUGUAUGCCAUUGCUGAUGUGGCCUUCUGUAUGGGCUUUGCUUUAGGUCCGUCUAUAGGAGGAUCCAUAGCUGAGAGUAUCGGCUUCCCCUGGCUCAUGACCAUCAUUGGAGUAGUGGAUAUUUUCUUUGCUCCACUUUGCCUCUUUCUCAGGAAUCCACCCGGUCAAGAAGAGAAAAUUGCCAUUUUGAUGGACUCCAACUGCUCAAUGAAGACGAUGUCCUACUCCACACAAGGGACAUGUUAUCAGGGUGAAAACAUGGAUCCAGAAUAUGACGACUAUGAUUAACAGUCCAUCAGCGAUGCAGGUUAAUCCUUCAGAGGAUCUAUUUUAUUGUACAAAAAAUGGGAACACAGAAGAAAAAAAAUAGCAAUGAAACAACAGCAGCCAAGAUUUUUCCAUGUGAAUGUUCUGCGUUCAGUCUUCACUGUUCAGUGUCUUCUUAGCAGUUUACUGGAGCAAACCAAAGUUGUUCUUGAUCUGUAGUGGCAAGCGCAUUGUGUGAGAGAUAUUUUUUUAGCCAACAGCCUUAUUCAAUAGAGAAACAUGUCAUAAAGCACUUUGUAGACAGUAGGAGGGUGCUGAGCAACAAUAGUUUGGUGUGCACAUUGGUAGUGUGUUGGGUUAUUGUGUGGUUUGUCAGGAAACUGUUGUUUGUGUAAAAUCCAUGGAGAUGUGUUGGCCCGGUCAUUGAUACAGAUCCAGAUGUGUUUACUCAGGCCUCUUCAAAACCCAGCUGUUCUUGCUCAGCUGUGUUGGGACAUCAAAAACAGAGGAGAAAUAUAUUCUAAAAAGAGAAUAUAGAGAUAUAAAUAUGUGAUCUCCUCUUAAAUAGAAUAGAACCCACAUUUUUGCAUUUUGGCAACUUCAGAGAGAAAGAUAAUUCUAAGCUGCAAAAUGCACCAACAUAUUCAUUAUAUCAACACCACAAAUCUAUAUCCACAGCAGGAAGUUCAUCAGUACAACACCAGAGUCCUGUCAUACUCACCAGUCUGCUGCUGUCAGGUUUAUCCAUAGACUGUAAAUAGAGAUGGACGUAGCCUCUGUGACAUCACCCACACCCACAUUUCUGAAGAGUGGUUUAGAGGCUCAGAGUGAGCUGCUCCACUGUCACCAUCUUGGUAGUGCCUGGCUCCGCCCCUAAAUCUCCCAGCUAAUCCAAAAAUGGUCAAAGAGGAGGUGCGUGUGUGGAGCCGAGACUUAGGUGACUUCAGUGUGGAAGGCAUAUGCUCACCCACCUGUCAAAGAGGCCACGCCCUCAAUUCCUAAUAGCUUUGAGCCUUAACCUCCUAAGACCCGAACUCUUGCAUGGCGUGCAUUUUUAAUUUCUCUUUGCUAUUUAGGCUGUGGGACCUGAGAAAAAUGAUGUCCACAUAUGAGGACAUUAGUUUUAAAUUUUGAUUACUGAGUGGCAGUAUAAUAUCCUCAUAUGUGGUCACCAGGCCCUUGUUGAGAAAAAGUUAGUAUUGUGGUCUAGAGAACCCAAAAUGUGAGGUCCACAUAUGUGGACGCCAGGUCCUAGGAGGUUAAUAAAAUGUAAACAGGUGAGUUAUAUAAACAGUUGUCAUGGAGGAGAAAAAUUUGCUCUAGAAACCAAAGCUGUUUUUGUACCAGGCUGUAAACAUGUUUAUUUCUGCUUUUAAGUUGGACAUUUUAACAUGGGAGUCUAUGGGGACUGACUCAGCCCUUCCUGCUGAUCUUUCACUUUCCCUUUAUACACUUUAUUGUAACACAAACAAUGUGAAGUGUCAAGUUUCAUUGACAACAGCUGAAUGUCUGUGUGGAGGAAGUGGAAAGACUAGAAUGAAUUGGUGAAUGAAAACUAUUCCUGACAAAGACAAAGUGAGAGCAACAUAGUGGUGAGUAUGACGUGACUCUUAUUAAAUCACUUCUAAAUGUUGACUUUGUGCAAUCUUUCACAAUAACUCCAUCUUUGCUGCAGGAUUCUCACUCCUACUUAUGUAUGUAUUUUGGCCUUGAUAUCAAAAUAUGCUGUAACACUUCCUAAACUGCAGUCCCAGUCACAGCUCUCUGUAGACUGUGUCUCAGUGUGUAUCCAGAUUUCCAUCCCCCUAAAGUCAACUUUGUUAGGAUGGUUUGUUGUUAGUCAAUGAAGUGAAUUUGUGCCAAAGUUAUACUGUUGUUCUUAUAAUUAACAGAUUUUGCUUCAAACAGAUGUGGUCUUAAAUGAUGUUCCGACCGCGCUUUGACAGAACCACUGUUGUCUGUGGAUUAAAACCAGUGGCCAUACCUUCAUCAGUCACUGUAAUCAUGUCACUGCACAUAUUUUAAUGCCCUGUGUGAUUCAGUGUUAAACAUUUUUAUAAAAUUGGCUCAGUCACAGAUGGCAGCAGCUGAAGUUUAUCAGAACAUCCAUAGAAACGUCUCCCACUUCAUCCCCAACACUUACAGACUGUAUCUGACAAAAAAAUGCGAACAUAUAUAGAUAGCUGUUAAUAAUUAACCUUUUUUUUUAUUUUCACGUCAGAAAAAAAGCCCAGGUGUUAAUUAUGAUGUUGCAGUAUUUUCUAUGAAGGUGAUCCAGAUCCAGCGUGUUGGUAUUGUGCAGACACAGGGAGACAGGAGGGUAGUGUACAGGCCAAAACUGUGGCAUCGUAACAAAGCAUGUGUGUGUGGAUAAAUUGAAUCUUCAAGUUAUUAUUUUACAACACUCAUCAGAUGCACCACACUUUGUAAACAGCAUUUUAAUUGACACCUCGAUGGGUGUACCCACCGGCCACUGACGGGGGGGAGGUGUCGCCGUUCCCUGGUGACCUUGCCACUUACUGUGUGUUUGUGCCCCGAGCCAUCAUUACUGCUGCUGCCACAUGUGAAGUGUGGUGUAGUGGAGUAUUCCUGUACACAGUCUAUGCUGCAAAUUUACAGUCCAUUCACACUGGGUUUCAGCAGUAUGCAUUAAAGAGAGAGUUAGAAGAGAAGAUUGAUACCAGUCUCUUAUCUGUAUGGUAAAAUAUGUAGCUGGAGCCAGCAGCUGCUUAGCUUAGCUUAGCUUAUUUUAGCUUAGCUUAGCAUAAAGACUGAAAGCAUGGGGAAAUAUAUUAAAACAAAAUGUAUCUAUUUUUUCCACUAAAACUGUGUCUUGGUGGAGUGGAACAGCCUCUCCAUCAAUAUCACUACUUUAAUCCUUUUUUAUUAUUUAUUUAAUUGUUGGUACUUUUGAAAUGUCACACUGGAGUAAUAAGAGUUUUUUCAUAGACAUUGUGUACGAUAAUCAAAUUGUAUUCUACAGUGUGUGUUUGACAUCUCUAACUAAGACCACUGACAAUUAGUAUGUAGUACUAAGUAUGUAAAAAGACAAUAUGUAAAUCAACAUCUUUUUUUAAAGUAUUAUAUAAACUUGAAUGAUACUCAGAGCACAGAUCUCCACCCAGACACGUCUGUGAGAUCCAGAUUAUUACCUGGAUCUGCAUCUGAUUUUUCACAUUAAGAUUCAAACAUUAUCUCCUGAGAAACUUUUGGAAAUGCAGUAAAUUGUCUGAUCUCACUAUGUUAAGGAAAGGGAUUGAAAAAACAAAAAACUAAACCCCUUUGCACCAAAAUGUAAUGAGUUCUUCCCAGUAAAACAAACCGGCACGGGUGGAAACAGAAGCUCGUUGGGGGACGUAAUGAGGAUCUGCUAAUGGCAGGAAGAUGAAAAAUGUUGAACACUGGUGAAACAAAACAGCUGAUAAAAUCAAACAUCAACUAAAAACUGUUUCCAUACAGAUACUUAAUGUUAUUUUACUCGGUUUACGUGAAACCAGAAUUUAGGAAAAACCAGCUAACUUUCCUCGGUGCUAUGUCGAGUGCUCUACUCUAUAUGUCAAGAUAAUGAUGGUAGAUUUUUAUAAAAUUCAUCCAAUCUCAUUUACUUUCUGGUUUUCCCACCAGCCCAACACCAUGAGAAGAGAUUGUAUAUAGAUGUAUUAGCUGCGCUGCCGCACUGGGAAAACUUUAUGGGAGCUGAAGGGUUUUUUUUUGCCAAGAAACUUAACAUUGUUAAACUUAUAAAUAAAACGGUUCUGUUAUAGAUAGUAAUACAUCUUAAUAUAAAAUAUUCAGGAACAUGUUUCUGGUUUUUCAGAGAGACUGAUAAAAGUAUGAGAGUGCAGUGAGUCACCACAGUGAGAGGAAAUCAGCCCAGGCAUGACGACAGGAUUCAGCUCUCUGCUGUUCCUCCCCCUCCCCCUCUUUUUUUUAUAUUACAAUUACUAUUUAGACCCUAUUUCUUCAGGUACCAGGGUGUCCCAGCAGCCUGAACCUGUUGUACCAGAGUAAACAGUAUCUACAUUAUAUUAUUAGUUUGGAAAUGAGGACACACACCUUUCAAAGCAACAUGCACAUUCAAGCUAAUCUAAUAUCCUGCGGAUGGAUGGAUGGAUAGAUAGAUAGAUAGAUAGAUAGAUAGAUAGAUAGAUAGAUAGAUAGAUAGAUAGAUAGAUAGAUAGAUAGAUAGAUAGAUAGAUAGAUAGAUAGAUAGAUAUUUUAAUUAUUAUAAAAUAUGUGGUAGAUUAAAUCAACCAACUAGUUUCUCCCUGAUCAGCGCUUAAUGAACCGUUUUCCCUGUGAUGUCCCUUGAGUUUAUCAUAGCAAAAGCACCAAGCUCUUUUGUGAGUCAUAUGUAGAGAUGAUUUUUGCCCAUGUCAUCGCGUUUGUUAUCAGCUGGUUGUUUUUCUGAUUGUUUGUUUUUUCUUCUUCUCUUAAAUGUGGCGUUUUUGCUCUGACAGAGUUCUUUCCCAAAAAAUGACUAUGAAAAUGAAACUAAAAUACAGACAGAUGGAUUUUCCGCUCAUUACCUUUUGGUGCGAUUAAAACACUGUUGGUGUUGCUCUAAAUACGUAUAGGUACCAUGGAAAUGUCAACAGCGAAGACUCCAUUCUUCUCAGAGUGGUAGGAGAAGUACUCAUAUUGAUUGUGUGUUCUGGAUGGUGGGAGACAGCAGAAUGAGUUACCAUGAUGGGGAAAUGUGGGAGCAGACACACUGUAAUCAGCCUGUCCAUCUCAGCACUGGGCUUCAAUUACUUUGCGGAUGAUCACACAAUACAGUACCUUCCCUCCUUUCCCUCUCCACGAGACAACAGUGGAUCUUACAGCAACGCUGGUACAAAGCUUAACCACAUUUUUAAUGUCAUGUUGCUUUUUUGGGAAGGGGACACCUCUGAGAGGAAAAACAAUGUAAUGUACUCAAAUAUGUAAAGAGAACAUUUUUGACAUUUUCCACAGCUGGAGUAGUGGGAGUGCAGUAUUGUUCUGGAUGGAGGAUAGUGUGCUAUUGUUAGUGAUAAUCUCUGUCCCCAUUUUGCUCUAGAUUCAUUCUAACUGUGCAUUAAAGGAUGUUGCUGGUAAUAUCAUUUUUAUAUUAUAUAUUUCUUACUGUCAACAUAUCCCACUGAAAGUAGUUAAAGGUCUUCCACAGGUAUAGCAUUGCGCUCCCAUAUUGUUGCCUUGCACCUACAUUACCCAAGAUGCAAGUCAACUGCCAGCGUUUGGUUGCAGAGUUGGAUGUUGUAUGUUAGCAGUGGCUAAUGUAGCCUCAAGCUGCUGCAGCAGAGAUGAGGAGCAGGCUAUAGAGGUGUGGUGAGCUCACCACACCCGUUUCAAACCUGUUCUCUGACAGUGAAGAUCAGCUGGAGCAGUUUGUCAGACUUCAUACAGCUAACCUCCGAAGAGACUAUCGCUUUUAUUCAACUUCACAUAGAAACAGACCUCGAUGUGCACAGAUGCCCUUCAAAGAUUCACAUCCUUAAUAGGAAUCAAUGGACUUGGACUGAAUGCAAGUGUUACUGUAUGUUCAGACCAAAAGAGGCGAGUGAACUUUGAAGGGACUUGAAGUCAUUUGUUUUCUAUGUGAGUCGGCAGCUUUUAGCAGUGAGCAGCAGUUUGCCCAUUGGUGGUACAGGCGUCAGAAAAAGUUGAAGUCAAAGUUGACUUCAGUCAGCUGAAGUUGAAGUGCUCUGCUCUACAGAGCACUAGAGAACACAACCAUGCAAACUUUUGUUCCCAAGCUCAACCGAGGAGAGGUUGAUUGCUUAUAUGACGAGACCCUGUUCGUUUACUGGGACUUAAGUAAAAAAAAAAAAAAACGAUGCAUAGACCAUGGUGUCUCACACUAUAGGUGUUCAGAUGAGCUGGUGAAGUGUAGGCUACAUAGGAGGGGCUUGUAUGCUAACUAGCACCAUAGCAUGCAAAGCAGUCGUAACAAAACUUGCUAGCUGUUUAUUUCAUCCACUUCAUCUAUGUCAGAGCACCCACAAGCUUCAGCAGCGUCUUUGAUGGGGAUCCAGAGCCAGUUCUUUCACGCUCGCUGCUUUCGGUCUGAACGUGCAGAUCAGGGAAUCAGAAUGAGGCUAGCUGCUCGGUUCUCAUGGCAGACUUCAGAAAGGCUGCAGGGAGCUGCCAUAUGAAGGCCCACAUUAGGAGUGCUUAAAGACAACAUGACCUUCCUUCCUGGCUCACAUCUCAUCCACUCUCAUGCCCCCACCAACAACACCUGUGAUGUUCUACAUGCAGUACUGUUUUCUGUAACAUGUUGUUGGUUUUGAUCUUUUUAUGACAUUAAGAAAAAUUGCGCUAGCUUUAUUAAAUGUGAACUGUGCUGAUACUAAAAAAAAAGAAACAAUUGAGAAAAAACCUUGAACUCAGGUUAUACUUUCCCACGUCCUCUGAAGCUUUUAACUGCAUCUCACUCUUCUUUAGUGGUUGAAGUUUUUUAGUGCUCAUUAGUUCUCAGUUUUGGUUUUUUUUGUUUUGGACACAGCAUUAAUUUAGUGUACAUAGAAAUAACUAUACAUUCAGUGUUAUCAUAUACUGUACAUACUUGAGGAAUUUGAGUAUAAAUACCCAUCAGCUGACUUCAGUUUAAAGUAUAGGCUUGUAUUUGUUCCUGUAAAUAAAGCUUUGGCUCAGA